AUGCUUCUCCUUCGAACUUUGAUUCCGGAAAGUGACAUUGAGUAUAACGCAUGUGAGGAGUACUUGAUAAAUGCAACAAACUAUGAAACAUACAUGGCUGCUGUCUACUGCGUAAGGCAGGCACUUGGUGCGACGAGGAUGUGGCCCGGGAAAGUACGCAUUUUUCGCAGAUUCGAAGCAUUUGCACGAGAUGCUUGGGUUACCAGGUCAAGGUGGAGCGAAGAAGAUUUUAUGAUACACGGAUGGAAAGCCGCCCAUUUGAAUGCAACCACUUUUGAAGACAAUCUUGAUUUGAGCCUUUGCGAUCAUGGGCUGCAAGCAUGGGAAGCGGCAUGGAGGAAAGACCUGAAGGUGGAAGUUCACGAAAUACGGUACGAAUCUUGA